AUGCGACCUCGAAGCUUCCUGCUGCGUAGCAGACGUGCCUAUCUUAACUCUACAAGAGCUGCUCGUUGCUCUGCUCGUAUACGCCUGCAAUUUCUACCGACUGUUUAUAUGGUGGCGGGAGUUGGCGUUGCCGGACUGGUGCUGACUACGCCCCCCGAAAGGGCGCGGCAACUGCGCCGCACUAUGCACCUGGGAGUGUUAAUUUAUCAUCAGACCGAGGUGACGAUAUCGCUGGGCGAUGCGGUGGAGCUCUUUAAGCAGUGGAGCGAUAUUUCAAGCCGAGGCGCCUUGGAAGACAAGUUGAUAGAACGUCUGCUUAGCUGCAUUCUGCGUCUCGGAGACGACCAGCAAUUUCGAGACGCACUGCGCUAUUUUGUCGAUCAAGGCGCAUUGGUGUUGUUGAUACAGUACACAGCUCGGAAACAACCAACAGAUCCUACAGUGCUGCAGCCGCUGGUGCUGUGUCUAACCAAAUUACUAAAGGUGGCUUUUGACGAUAAACGAGUGGAUUUGAAGCUGCCAGUAAUCACUCUUGCGCAAGCUCUUGGCCACUUACUUCACCCGGGAGACAAUGUCGUGAGCUGCGUCGAUGUGCUGCAAUUCAGUGAUGCCUUGAUGAAGGUGCAGCAAUCAGCUCGUCAAAAAUCAGAAGCUGACGCGUCUCAGUGUUUCAUUGUUGAACGAUCUUAUCUAGUCGAUCGAGAUGCCUCCAAUGUAGCUGAAAGCUGUGCCGCGCUGGUAAACUUGUGUUCGCCGGAGAUGCCGGAUUUGAUAAAAAAGGUUGGGCUAUGGGCACUUGAAACACUUGCACAGGCGGUGAAUCACGAAGAGUUGAGUGGAAUCCAGUCACAACAGCUAAAAGCAGCUUUAGAACCGACGUUUGCCACUAUGCUCAUGGCACUACCACGAGAUAGGGACAGUCUGGGGAUACAACUACAGGCUGCCAUGGUGAUGGAUAGCCUUGUUGAUAUUGCGCGGCGUAACCCAGCUGCAGUGACGCGUGACACUUAUGAAUUGUGGAUGGAGCAAAUUUGCUACUGGGCGAAUACCGAGCAAACUGAAGAAAAGCCUGUUGCUACCGAACGAAUGUGGAACCAAAGAAAAAGAGGAUAUGUACCUCAUAGCGAGAAUAAAACAGCUAUAAUGCAACGAGAAGCACAAAGCUUACAACUUCAACUGAUCAGCUCGCGGUGCAUGCGCACACUCACGGCAUCUCCUCAAAGUCGGCGGUACGUCUGUGAGUCCAUAAAUACUCGAGCAGCAUUAUUUAGCUUAUCUCGCCGAAUCCACGAAACAAAAGAGACGGUCGGGAUCUCCAACGAUCAAGAUUCAACGAAAAUACUCGAAGGCAUCCAGCGUCACGCAUCGUGGACAUUCCGGAACAUUUGCACAGGAUAUCAAAGCGGUGCCACGGCGCUCAGUUGCUUGUUUGGUGCCACAUGGACGGCAACGUUUCUGCAGUCGCGCCAAAAUUUGCCCAUGUCACGGAUCUUUCGCGGUAUCCCUGAUUUCACUGAUUUGCCUGUUAUAGGUGCUGAAGAGUAUGAAGCUAGCAUCGAAUAUGGAUGGGUUGAUAUCUUGACGGCAUGGAGCGCCAGUACGGAUCGCCAAGUUCGUGAAAAUGCUACACGCAGUCUCGUAUUUUUAGCUGAGCAGCAUCAGCCGAAUCAUCUGGAGUCGACGUGUGAAAAGAUGGAAGAAAUUCGAAACAAGCAGGAGCAAAUUCUUCAAGCCUGGCUCACAAACAUGCUUCAGCGUAUCCGCUUACUUUCGGGUGGUGAGCUACUGGCAGUAAAGCAAAUGGAAGAGAUCGCUCACGUCUCAAAGGAAAUGACCCCUGGAAACGAGCAAAUUAUUUUUGACCCUGCGGUUGUUGACGCAGGUACGUCAGCUCUAGCGAUACUGGCAGAGCACCACCACGCUGAGCUAGUGCAGCAGGGCGUUGUUCCAUUGAUAGCUUUGCUAGCUGCGACCAGUGCUGCCACGCCAGCGCAGCAUACACAAUGUGCACGUGUGUUGGCAAACCUCGUCGCUACGUAUUGUCUCAAAAUCGACCCACACAGCUCAGCGCUCUCUGUUGGUCCCGCUCGGGAUGGUGCUAAUAGCGAUCACAUCGACAUAGCCAGGCUCCUUCGACAAACGGCUUCCGGCAAGCAAUUUUUACGGCGUAUGUACGGCUGGCGCGAGUACAAUGACCCAAUGCAGCGUUCGAACUACUUUCGUGUCGUGCACAAUCUCCGUGCUUACGACGAAGUAGUGACUACUGGUCGUCUGGUGAUGGAUGUGUAUUGUGAGGGCGUACACCCGAUUGUCUCUCGAUUUGAAGGUGACUUGACGGAGGAAUGCGUAGACGGCAAUGGUGCUACCCCACUGAUUGACGUGGUAUUUGUGCAUGGCCUACGGGGACAUCCAUUUGGAACGUGGCGCACCGAUAUGGGAUGCAAAAACGGAAGCAACGACAUUUGGCCAGCUGUGCUGCUAGCAAAGGACUUAGAGCGCAUGCACGUACCUGCACGAUUGAUAACCCUGGGCUACGAGGCUGGUAUGGUCAGCUGGUCCAGUCCGUGGCCUUCGCUUACUUUACAGGAGCGUGCGCGCGACAUGCUUUCAGCUCUUUACGCUGCUAAUGUUGGCCGCGAUCGUCGCCAUCCAGAUGCACCUGCUCGCCCUGUUGUCUUCGUCACCCACUCGAUGGGUGGUUUGCUGACCAAAAUAAUGCUACUGCUCGAUAGUGAGCAGCGCGAUCAGUCAGGCGUGGCGGACAGCACUGAAGGUGUGAUAUUUCUUGCCGUUCCUCACUUUGGCUCGGAAUUAGCAAAAGGCGUGCGAUCCGAGUCCAUCCGCAAGCUGAUUCAGACGCAUCCAGCUAUCGAAGAUCUCGGAGCGGACCCCAAUGGGCGUCUAAAGAAACUGAACGGUAGCUUUAAGACACUUGGCAUCGGCUGUUUCAGUGUAGGUGAAGAGCUGGCUUCGCCAUUAGCUCUUGGCCUCUCCGCUGUCGUCGUGAAGCCCCACUCGGCUGAUCCAGGCAUCGGCCGCUUUUACGUACUAUCUGGGUCAGAUCACAUGACAAUCUGUAAGGUCAAAAGCAGGAGCGAGGUGCUCUACCAGGACAUUCUACAAUACAUCGUCGAGCGUGCCUCGGAAGCCGGCGUACCUCGCCCAUAG